UGGAAGAGUCGUUUUGCUAGAUACGAACAUUUAACAGUAUUUAAGUGUCAUUUUCAUAUCUAGGACAGGGUACAAAGUAUAUUAAAAUGUACGGCACAUACGAUUAUAACAGACCGUACAUCGGCUACCCGCCGCCGCCGAUGCCAGAUAUUGCUUUCGAACCAGUUCCUGUUAUGCCACCAGUAUAUCCUGACGGAAUUAUACCUGACCCCGUUGAAGUUGCUGACUGUCCUCCAAUUGAUUGGGUACCAGCAACUCAUCAAACGGCCUACUCCCUAAUGGACCGUGCCUUCGUCGCUGGUAAGGAGGGCUGGGACAACAGCCCUCUAUGGGCCAUCCGUGUUCACCAUGAUGCUGGUCUCAUACCGGGAAAACUGGCUGUGACACACGGAGCUGCGUAUAUACCACUUGCUGGAAAGGAGGUGCCCGUUCAAGAGUUUGAGAUUCUUUGUACAGACCCAAGCUUAGUACAAUGGGUGUCUACUAGCAGGGAUGAGAUCCCAGAAAACGCCAUUCCUGCGGGCAAUACACACAUAGGAGAGCCUCUUUAUAUAGGCAGGGUUAAACACCGAGGAUCCUUAACACCCGGAAAGGUACACACAAGUCACAAAUGUUGUUACAUCUCAUUUGGUGGCUCAGAGAUCUCGUACAAGCGUUACGAAAUUCUUUGCGAAGUUUAAAACAUUUUGUAUACAUUUAUUUUUAAUACAUUGUAAUAUU